AACAAAUUAGUUAUUUUGAAUAUCUGUGUUUAGGUCAAAGGAUGACAAAUUUUACAAGAUUUGGUUCAGUAGAUUCGGAAAAAAGGCUUUUUGUACGGAACUUUAAUAAAGUCAAUUUCAUAUUUGACGAAGAAUCUAGUUUAGAUCUAUUAAUAUCAUGUGUAAACUUUACAUCUACCUAGGAAAAUUUGAUACCUUUUUUUUCCUUAAUGUUCUACUCUUUAAACUUGUCUCCUUUAUUUUGUAGUUGUGUGGACACCCUAUUAGAAAGAGAGGAAGGGGACCUAAGGAAUGAAAUAGAAAACAUUCAAGGUCAAAUUUUUAUGCUUCAAGUAGGUAUGGAGGAGUUUGGUCUCCAGUUAUUUCUUUAGCUUCAUGAUUGUAAUAGAUUCCGCACACCAUUGGCUUGGAGUAAAAGCAAGAGUAUAUGUUCCUUGAGUAAAAGUGUUCUGUGAUUGGCUACGACUACUUACUCUAUUCUGUGACAACAAUCACAAAGUAUACAAAAAUCUGUCAAAAUAUUUUUCAUAUUUGCACAAAAAAUAUCGCAAUAAAGUGCAAGUUCCGCUUGGAAUGUUGAAUAUUCUCAUGAAAUUAUCAAUAUAAUGUAUACAAAAAAUUUUAUACCUACGCUCAUCAACAUUUUUUAUGUAUGCAUAAGUUUAUUCCCACAAACGCUAGCUUUCUUUUCUCCGUAUCCUCGGGUGAAACUAGAGGCAAAGACCGAUGGAGAUGCUGGAGACCCAUUGAUUCUUACACCAUAUCUGAAGAAAAGGUCUAUAAAUCUAGCUCAAAACCUGUCCAGAGUAGCUUUGCCGGAGUUAACAGGUUACCCAAGUUAUGCCGGCUUUUUCACCGUAGAUGAAACGUACAAUUCAAACUUAUAUUUUUGGUAUUUUACACCAUUCUCUAAGAAAGUAGACGCACCCGUGAUUCUUUGGCUUCAAGGCGGCCCUGGAGGGAGUUCUCUAUUUGGACUAUUCACGGAAUUGGGGCCAUUGAUAGCUAAUAAAAGUGGUUUUAAGUUAAGAAAGUACCAUUGGGCAUUAGAUAAUCAUGUAAUUUUUAUAGACAAUCCUGUGGGGACAGGCUUCAGCUUUACACAAAGUGAGGAAGGAUAUUGUACUAAUGAAACUUGUAUAGCUAAGGGACUUUACAGUGCUCUACAACAGUUUUUUACUCUAUUUCCCGAUCUGAGAAAAAACUCUUUUUGCAUUGCUGGAGAAUCAUAUGCAGGAAAGUAUGUGCCAGCAUUAGCUAUAGAGAUACAUAAUCAGAAUGCUAAUAGUAGCAAUAUACCCAUCAAUUUGAAAUGUUUAGCAAUGGGAAAUGCAUAUUGUGACCCAAUUAAUCAAAUGGACUACGGCAAUUACCUUUAUCAGCAUGGUCUAAUAGACGACAAUCAGUUGGUUGUCUUUGAAAAAAUGCAGUCUAACAUUGAAGUGGAAAUAAAGAAAAAUCAUUGGGAAAAUGCUGAUUUCCUUAUGAACACACUUAUUGAUGGAGAUUUGACCAAUUUUUCAUAUUUUAAAUCAUAUACCGGUUUCAAAGAUUACUAUAACAUUUUAAACACACAAAGCUUGGAUAAUUUAUCUGUGUUCACUGAUUUACUACAUAAUGAUAAAAUAAGACGUAUCGUACAUGUUGGUGGUCUUCCUUUCAACUCCGGUGAGGAAGUACAAUUCAAUUUAAUAUUUGAUAUACUUAAAUCUGUAGCACCUUAUAUUGCAGAGCUCCUUUCACAUUACCGGAUAAUGUUUUACAAUGGACAGCUUGACAUCAUAGUUGCAUAUCCUUUAACAGAGAAUUUCUUACAUAAGCUUGAAUUUUCUUCAGCAACAGAGUAUAAAGUGGCUAAAAGAAAUAUAUGGAGAGUUGAUGGUGAAAUAGCAGGAUAUUUUAAAAAAGCUGGCAAUUUGACUGAAGUUUUGGUCCGUAAUGCUGGACACAUGGUACCACAUGACCAACCAAAAUGGGCCUUGAAUCUCAUAAAUAAUUUCAUUCAUAAUAAAUUAUAGCUGUGAUGGUCAUAAUUGAUAUCAUUAUCUUAUCAAAUCUAGGUUAUUUAGUUCAAUGUAUAAUUUAUAUUUGAUAGAUUCAUAUUAUUUGAAGGGUGUAAAUGCAAUAUUAUCAAUUUAUUAACUAUUUUAAUUUAUAUAAGAUUUAUGUACUAAGUUGUUUUAUAGAAAAAAUAUUUUAUAAAUAAAAGUUAUGUAUUGAUUAUUAUUUUAUUAUUUUCACAAAAAAUAAAUUAUUAAAUGGAAGUCAAAUUCAGUUUUACAGCAAAAAUAUGACAGUUCUUGAUAUACAUUAAUGAAGUUCAUAAUUCUGGAAAGUCAAUCACAAAACUAAAACAUACUAGACUUAUUAAUGUCGAAUGAAUCAAUUAUGUAAAAUUAAUAAUAAUAAUUAAAUUGUUAAAUUAAUUACAUACUUAUGUUAUUACAAUUUUAUACAUGCAUAAUAUGGUACAGCAAUGUUAUGAUCCAGUUGCAUAUCGAUAACUUCAAUAGUAUCAAUAUUAUUGCAACAAAAUUUACCUAUAACCAAUAGUCUAUCAGUCAGUUGCAUAAAUAUCACUUUGAACGAAUGACAAUUUUAUUGGACGUUCAUGCAACUGGCUGUAUGACAACCAGUGGCCUAAUUGUCUAAUAUUAAAAUCUAUCACAAUCACUUUGAAUUUAACAUGUGAUGGCAAUUGCAAUCACGAUGUUUAUUUGAGAGUUAUUGAAUGAACGAUAUCGUUUAUUUUACGUUAAUCUGAUUAAUAUCUGACAGCUACUGGGAAAUGUCGAACGAAAUUAAUUGUAUAUGACAUUGAUAUUAAUCAAAUCACCAUUCGUUCCAAAAGCAAUUAUGACUUAAAAAGUUAUACAUCAUUCCAUAAAUCACUAUCAUAACCGCUAUAGGUUUGAAAGGGAUUGUAAUAGAUUUUAAAAUUAGACAAUUACGCCUAUAUAUCUCGGUUCAAUAACAAUGUAUUCAUUAUUGAAGCAGUUUUUCAAUUACGAUCUCUAUUGUCAUAUUUAAAAGAGUGUUUAUAGCAUGAUAUGGCCUAUUAAUUUUUGCAACUAAGGUUGUCAUUUAUUAUAUUUUUUAAUACUUCAAUUUCUUAAAAUUUUCAAAAAAAUCUUGUAUCAGUAAUUAAAUACAUUAAUUAUAUUACCUACGUAUUUGGAAAACUUAUAUAAAUCUGAUUAAGUAAACAGUAAAUUGAGCAGAAUGCUAGCGCCAUCUUUUAACAGUUAAAAAUAAUGAAUCUGUGGCGUCAAAAAGGGAGGAUCCAGAUUUUAACACGGGAGAGGUCUAGUCAGGACAAUGCAUUUUAUAAAAUUCAUUAUAAAAAAUAUCAACAAUUAAGCGCCUUUGAACGGCACACCUGAACACUAACUGCUGAUAAUAAAUACAUAUUCAUGAUAAUUUGAAAUUAUUAACAUUUGUAAAUUGUUUUCAGAAUAACAUGAUAUAUGAGGUAGCUAUCGGAAAAUAUAUGUAUGCAAUUUUGACAUAUUCAUGUAAAUAUUGAGAAACAUAGAUUAGAUAGGACAAUGCUUACUACAGAGUAUUUAAGUUUUUCUUCAAUAUCCAAUCAUUUUGACAAAGCUUAGUGUAUUAUAGACUAAUUUUGUUCUUUAUUCCAUGUAGACAAUAACGCGGCAAGAAGCAAGUUAUAGUAAUAAAUAGUGUCAAAAUUGUAUACAUGUUUACACAGCAACACGAGAAUCGAAGGACGGCACGGGCGAGAUAAAAACAUCGCGCGACAAAAUCACAAUUGUUUAAUCGCUCGUACGAUUGGUAGCCAAAUAAAACACCCCUUACAUUAUGCAACUAUGCCAGUAGCGCAGUUAGCGCGUCUAGGAAUUGAGUUCGUUGUGCGAUCGGUAAUGUUAUGACUGAAGAAUCUAGAAAGUCUAAUGAUACCGUAACUCCGCUCUUAGUCGCCGCUUGUUCGAACGCAGCACCAAACAGACUGAGGAAAGAAAUUCAGAUAUACUAUUUCUUUUGUUAAAUAUGUUACAUAAAAUAAGGGAAAAUUCUUUUUCAAAAUACUCGUUCAUAUCUCAAGUAACUAAACCCACAAUGGAGGUACCACAAAGUACAGGUCAGAGAAAACAUAGAAUAGUUAAUUUUUUAAAUCAAACCGGCAGAGAUUGUGACCACUUUUGGUUAAUGGAGUUUUUGACAAUAUCUGUCUCUUUGAAAAGCCUCCCGAUUUUAAGUCCCGUUUAAUGUAUCAAUAGAAAAUAAUUUUAAGUCGAGAAGAUAUUAUUAUUAUAUUUGAUCAAUUAUGCAGUCACAAUGCUAUACUGAAAAAUAUUCUUAAUGAAAAAUGUUUAAAAACUUUGCCAGAGUGCCAGGGCUCUGAAAUGAGACUCGAACCAAUGACAUUUCGCAAUUCUAUCCUAUAUUUAGAGCAGUCGCCGGCAUUCUGAGUGGAUUUUUUAAGCAUUUUUUUUAUUAAGAAAAUAUUUAGCCAGAUGCACAAACAUCCAUUAGAACUUUCAUUAGUUUAAAGCGACAAUACCCAUUCAAAUUUGACAUUCAUUAGAGC